CUGGGCUCAGCCGCUGGGUCCCGCGGGAGGGGCCGGCGCCCCCGGCUGGGGGUUGCGGCCCUGCGCUGGAGCCCUGUCGGGGCUCUCGGAGCGCUGCUGCUGCUGGCGGCCGGCAGCGUGCGCGGGGAGGGUCGGCUCCGCGACCAGCAAAAACCUGGAGCUGCCUCAGAUGCUCUGCCGGCUGCUUUUCUGUGCUAUUUACCUACCUCUUUGUUUAUUCAGAAAGUAAUCACUAUAGCAGUGUGGUUUUGCUGUCGCGUCCUGACAGUCUUUUUCCCGACAGUUUUUGCCUCUGAUGGUGAAACCUGAGGUGCUUCAAGACGAGGUGGAAGGCUGGCUUACAUUAUGAACAUUUUAUGUGGAUUUUUAAUGAUGGCAUUAUCAGAGCCUGUCACUACUUGUCUUUCUCCUGAUGUAUAUUAUGUGAUUUGCAAACUUGGAUUUGAGAAAAAAGACACCUAUGAUAUUAAUAAAAUUUUGUCUGAAAAUGGUAAAGUAUGUUGGCAAGCUAUUACGGAUCAUGUCUGUUACCUUGAAUCAGAUCAAAGUGUGGAUUAUAUCAAAAGCAUACGAUCACUAGGACCUGUAUGUGAAUCUGUUAAUUUGCAUUUCAAAUCUCUGUCCAAGGAGCAAUUUGUAGCUCAGUAUGCAUUAUGGUUCCAGUGGAUAAACUACACAGAGUUAUUUCUUGAAGUAUUUGAUGUUCUACAAUAUAUGCAAACUACAGAAAUUGCUCUUGGCUUAAUGAAACUAACGUCGUGCUUGGAGCGAGCCUUGGGUGAUGUGUACUUACUGAUUGGUAAAGAUUGUCCUUUUCUUCUAAGAGAUUUGCUUGCUUCUGAGGAGCUUGCAGUUAUCUUUGGACAAGCUGUAAUGAAUGUAUUGAGGGUAUUCAUUGGAUCUCCUUAUGGUUUGAAUCUUCGAAAUGUUUUGUGGCAUGGCUUUGCUUCUCCAGAAGAAAUUCCUGUGAAAUACUGUGCUAUGCUGCUUUUUUUAACUGCAGGAUUGGGUCAGUUGCUACAGACAUACCUUCUGCAAACUAAAUGCAUUUUAAUACAUCGACCAUAUGUGACCCUCAUUAGCUUAGAGGAGCUGAAUGUAUUUCCAGAUCUUAAUCAUGAAGUGCUUUCGUUAGCUGAAGAGCUAGUAAAAUUGUCCAGUUUUGUCCUAAAAACAAUGUUGCCAUUUUGGAUUGCUGCUUUAACAGCUUUCAAGCAAGGCAGGUAUGCUGACUGUAUGAUUCUCUUACUCCCUCAGCUUGAAGUUGGACUUAGAUUGCUCUUCACUGCGACUAAUAAAUGUCCAAAUCGAUUGCUAACAGCUGAGUCUUCUGCUCUCUACACCACUUUUGAUGAGAUGCUAGCAAAACAGUUGAAUAACGAAGAAAUCAAUCAGCUUCCUCUAGUUCUUGAAGAACCUGCAAUGGAAUUUCUUUGGGAUUUUUUGAACCACCAGGAAGGUCCACGUAUAAGAGAUCAUUUAAGCCAUGGAGAGAUCAGUCUAAAAGCCUUUCCCAGAGAAGUAGCCAAUCAGAUAGCUGCAUUUGCAGUCACACUUCUGUGCAGAUUUUCAGAUGAGAACGUGGUUGUUUUUAAGGAACAUGUGGUCAUAAAACAACUGAUGAAGUGUGCAAGUUGUUACUGUUCUCGAUUUCAUCCAAUUUCCCGCCUCAAAAAACAGGUGCUGGAAUGUAUGAAGAGCAUUCACUUAUGGUCGGAAUUACCAAUAGUGCCUGAAGAACAAGUUCAAGCAAUUAAAGGGUUUGGAGGAAAUGCUGAAGCUACUACUUCUGUUUUAAAGACAGCUGAAGUUUUCUCUCAGUUGCAGCAAUAUAUGCCCCAGGAUUACUGCAGUUCAGAUGAUCCAGUGAAUAGUGACCAAACAGACAGGCUGUUGAUUGACCUUUGUGAUACUCGGAUUUGCACGCUUUACUCGCCACGGUCUGUUCUGGAAAUAGUGGGGGUUCUCCGUAAAAUAAGCACACAGUGCCAUCAAGUGUCAGAACAAGUUAUUGUGAGCAUUGAGUUGAGAUAUAAACAGUGGAUAAACAAAACUCUGCGUUCUCGUCAGAGGCAUAACUAUCUAAGAAUGUUAAACAGCAUUAAGUUUUUGUCACCUGUGUUACGUCUGAUCUUAGUGCUGAUAACUCUAGAACUAGUCAAUAUCCAUUCGGUUUAUAAGAAGAAUCCUUUUGAUUAUCAGCAGUAUCUAAAGUUUUUGAAGUCAAUCUUGCAGUAUACUGAGAACUUGGAGACAUACACAAGUCCAGAGAGAAACAAGUGGGAUGAAACCAUGAAGCUUACAAACAAGGCUUUGACAAAAAUAAAGAGAUUCAUUGAUAAAAAACUAACAUUAAUGCAGUUAGCUACAUAAGUUACUUUAAGAUUAUUUGAACGUUAUUGUAUGGUGAGAGUUUUAGAGUCACCAAAUAUAAGUCUGACGUUUAAAGACAAACUUCAUCAAUCACUGUCAAAUUUCAAAUGCAGUAUUUAUUAUUUUUACUAGAAGAAAGUUGCUGAUAUUGGAGUUGAAUGAUCAAGCUUCCCAAAAAUGAACUCUACUAAAUCCAUUGAAAAGAAUUGGUUGUGAGCUAAUUCAGGAUGAUACAAAUUCUACUUUAAGUGUAUUAUGUGUUUUGUAGCUUGGCUUUCCUAUUUUUCUAUUAUAUUGAAAAUAUCUAAGAAAGCAGGGUGAAUAAAUGCUCUGCAAAAAUUUUAAAUAGAAAAAUUUGUUUUUCAUUUUGAUGAAAUAUGCUGCAAACAAUGUCAAACUGUUUCUUACUUUAAAAAUGUUGCUUAUUGCAACAUUUAGCAUCAAUAGUGCUCAUUGAAAUUGAGUAUUACUGUUAGUUCAAAACAGAGUCAAAUAUUGUAUAGAGAUAAACUGAUAACACACGCUUGCGUUCUAGAAUUAAAAAAAAAAGACAAGGAUAUAAAAUAACUGUUGCAUAA